AGAAAAUUAAUUCAUGCUUGAAAGAGAUGAAUAGUUUGGAUAUAAAUGAUAAAAUUAUACCAAAAAGCAAAAAUAAUGGAAAUGAUGUUGAUUUAAGCAAUUAUGAAAUGCCUCCAAAAGUUGAAUUAUCUACUAAUGAAUUAAGAGGGAAAAAAGAAAAGAACACUGUUGUCUCACCAGCACUAACUAAUGCAGGAUCUAGUAAACCAACUAGAAAUUUACGUGCUAGAAAUAAAGUUGUGUCAUACAAAGAAAGUGAAUCGCCUGAUGUCAGUUUAAUAUCAAAGGAAAAAAGACAUACUUUAUCAAAGACUCAAAAAUGUGCAGCUAAGAGUAAUGAAGAUUUAUUUAAAUGGAAUAAAAAUAGUGUUAAGGCUACACCAGAU